AUGGUAGGCGCACGUAAAGGCAAGGAAGAAGAAUGCCAAAAGGUGGCCUCGACGUACGAGCCAGGCACAAGAUACACCGUCUACCUGCAUCCCUGUUACAUGCAUACCUGGACCCCUUUCUUCGUCAGGCCGGGAUACGUGGGCCAGGAAACAGCUCGAGAGGUUGUGGAGGCGUGGUACAAAAUCAUCGGUACAUGGUGGCCUAAGAUGUGGAAUAUAGGGGACCUUAUUGAGCUUCAGCACAUUAUACGCAGGGAUGUGUUUUUCGUUGGCCUAGAUCCGUCAAAGUUCCUUCGCACUCUGACGCUUGACCUCCAUACUGAGAGUCUCUUCACGAGUCGUGACGGCGAGUCGACUCAGGAAUGCAUCGACUCGCUCCUCAGCAUCAAGCGCAAAACCGACUUCAAAUUGAUCAUCCUAUUGAGGCAGAGGAACAUUAGCUUCAACUCAUGGUCUACAGCUUUCGAUGCGCUCCGGCAUGUGGUCACUGUGUUUGAGGCCGAGGGCGCACACGUUGAAGCUACUUUUACCUACGACAAGGAAAGUCUCUGUCCGAAGAUUACCUGGAACUUGCUUCCUGCGCUGGAGAGUGGCAAUGACGACUGGCGCGCAGAAGCAGAACGUUAUUUGAACUCCGUGAGUGCUCAUCUUCAUCACUGGCAUCAUAUCCAGACACACACGCUAACACGACUUCUCAAUCCAAACAGGACACCCGGCUUCGCUCACGACACAAGGUCUACCAUCAAGCUAGCAACGUAG